AAAAUAUAUCAUUCGUCAAUAAUAAAAAUGUAAGAUUUAAGAAAGUUUUAAAACACUAAGUUAUGAAAUCGUGAUAAUAAUCAAAAUAUUAAAAAACCUCUUUUAUUAUUCAAAAUAAUGUUUUGAAAUAAAAUAUAGAGUAAAACUAAAACAUUGUCCGAGGCAGGCGUUUCCAGUCACCAUAUUUUACAGAAGAUGUCAAAAUCAAAAUGGUUAAUACAGUGGUGUUUAUUUUGAGUUAUUAUAAUAUAUAAUAAAUAGUUAAAUGUAAAAUUCAGUAAAUAGUUAAGAUGUUACAUAAUACGGGAACAUUUGAUCAGAAUGAUGUGCCAAUUAAACAAAACAAUUUAUCGUCUGAAGAUAGAAUUAUAUCUAGUAACAAUAUUAUGUCCAAAAGUGAUCAAUCAGGACAAAUACACUUCAGUGUUCCGUACCAAGUGAACCUAGGAUUGACUCCAUAUAACCAUGGAUUUGAAGUGAGUGCACAGCGUUUUCAAAACAAUGGUCUCCCAUUGAAUUUGAAUGUACAGAAUAAUUCAGUUUUAACCAAAAAUUAUCCACAAGUGUUUACAAAAGCGUAUCACAAACAAAUGGAUAUAGAUUAUAAUUACUUAAAUAGCUAUAAGCAACCUAAUUACGAUGUUAAUCAUGUAAACACACCCGGCAUGGCGCUAAGUUUACGUAAACACAAUGAAGAUACAAAAACAAGUGAUAUUAAACCACAGAGUGAUAUAUUAACAAAAAUUAGUCAAGAAUCUAGUUAUAAAAUUGAAGUAGAUUUAUCAAGAAAACCUGUAAAUAAUGUAAAUACAGAUAGUAUCACAGAUUUAAGUAAUAAAUUGCUUAGAGAUGAUUCCAGAAAAAGGUUAGCGAAUACAGUCAAGAUCAUAGAAAAUAUUAUAUCACAUCCGUCAAACUCGAGGAAGAUUAAAUUGGAACAUAACAUUAAAACCGAAAACUAUGAAGACUUGUCGGAAACAUCGGACACAGAUUUUGUUAUAAGUGAAUCUGAUUAUAAUGAUGCAGAUGAUAAGAGGGGCAUGAGCAAAUCUUACAAACCAGGAAUAAACAGUCUCGACACACUAUGCAGUACAGUGAAAACCGAGAAUUGGUUGUGUGAUGAUGAUAAGGCAUCUAACAAAGACAUACAAGAGACUUCUACUAGAACGGUUGUGGUGCCGUCUAUACUAAAUAUAGAGCAGAUCAAUCCAUUCCUAAAGGACACACACGGGGUGCAGAGCGAUGAGACCAAAAAUUAUGACAUCAUCGGAGCCGAGAGCAGCAUAAAUGUUGCGAAGGAAAUUAUUAAAAAAGGUGCCUCACUAAUAGCGACGUACUUUGAAUGCCCGCACUGCAAGCUCUUCUUCAACAAUCCAAAGAGGUUCAUAAUACAUACAAAGUGGCAUACGUUCGGAUACAUAACCGAAAAGAAAUUGAGGUCGCAAAAGGAGAAGAUAGUUAAGCCUAGAAGCAGGAAGUACAAAGUUAGCGGAAGUGACGACAAUACCGAGGAAGGUAUCAUACCUUGCACCGAUUGCAAGAGAACGUUCAGCAGUACACCGAGUUUGAUGAAUCAUAGACGGAAAUAUCACCCGACACGUCUAAGAGAAUGCAAGAUCUGUGGUAAGACGAUGGUGGGCCUGGCAGCUCUGAGAGCCCAUGUAACUACUCACACAACAGAAUCUAGGUUCCAAUGCGAAGAUUGCCCAAAAUGGUUCAAAUAUGCCCACUCGUUGGCCAAACAUAGAGAUACACAUCUGGAGAAAACCGAGGAAUGUCCUCAAUGCCCAAAAAAGUUUGGCUCGACGGCCCUGCUUAAUGUACACAUGAAGACCCACGAGAGGGUGCUCCGGGGAGCUACAUUCAGAUGUACCUACUGUGGGAAGGGAUUCUUCGAAAGUUACAGUCUUCAGGCUCACGAACGAACACACAGGAAUGAAAGGCCGUUUGUGUGCGAGAUAUGUAACACAAGUUUCGGCACAAACAGCAGUCUCAAGCGGCAUCUCAAAGUUUCUCACAGCACAUCAAAGCCAUUUGAAUGCACAACCUGUCACCGAUCAUUUGUGUCUGAGAACAUCAGGGACAGGCAUUUCAUCAGAUACCACGGGGACCCAGAAGAGUUCAAAUUCAUGUGCAAAUUGUGCCCGUGUAAAUAUUUAAAUGCUAGGGAGUUGAGAAGGCAUAUAUAUAAAGUACAUCCCAAGCCUAAGAUUAAGGUGGAGGUGGGCAGUGACUGAGUCAGUUCACCAGGCUGAUGUAUAGGUAUUGGAUUAGAGAUCUACCCACCACGCCAUUUAAUCGGUUAUGUGGAACAUAUCUUAGAUAUAAAAUAAGUUUUUUUAUUAUAUCUUCAUUAUCGGAUGAAAGUUUUCAUUGAUAGUAGUCUAUGUAAAAGUUUAGUAUUCGAACCCUGGACUUCUAAGUGAUGAUGACUAACCACUGAGCCAUAGUGUCAUUGAGAAAAUGCAAAAUUUUCAUAAUAAUACGUUUUAAGGUUAAGUAAUUUUUAAUUCAUUGAUAAUAUAUGUGUAUAGAUUUUUGUCUGUAAAUCGUUGUUGUGGAUUUUUUCACACUACAUGUAUUAUGUAUAUAAUAAUAAUAAAAAAAAAAUCUACCAAAAUAUAUUAAAGAAUUUAAAAGUAAAAAUUUUUUGUACAUACAUUUACCUGUAUAUCAAAAAAAACUUCUCGUAUUUAUUAAAAAUAAUAACGUACCUUAAUUCAUUAGGUUAAAAUCUGAACGUGUUUUAUGUAUGUCUUAGAAAAAUGUUAUUUAUAAUAAAUUUAAUUGAAACUACGAUAAGAAUUUACCAAAACUGUAAAAUAUGUUGCGAAAGAAUAAAAUUUUAAAAACAUA